AUGCUUGCAAAGUUGGAAGCCGGAUUCCGUCCCGGAUCUCUCAUAUUCGGAAGCUUGCUCGCUGUCCUCGGCAUAUGUAUUCUUAGCGGCUACUUGCAUAGCUUCGCCAAGAUCGGAUUACGAGUUUGGUUUCAAGGAGAGCCAGUAUUGCAAGAGUCCGAUAUCGAGAACAAGGACGAGAUGUUUCUCGAAUUAUUCGCGACCACCGCGGUGUACGCAGGUUCGUUCAUCUGGAUCUUCGGUGUCUGCCUCAUAGAAGCCACUAUCAGGUCCAUUGACCUAUCGCCGGCCUCGGAUCUCGCCUCGCCGGGGCAAGCUAUACCUUUGGCAACUGGGGCCGUUUUAUUUAUUAAUGAGCUCUUUGGGGUGUCUACUGGGAUUGGUCCAUGGCUCGAGCACAGGGGGUGGAAUUUGCUUCUGGCUCGGAGGGACCAUGGACCGGCGGCCCAGGAAGGCCGAUGA